UUUCGCUUAUUUUCAUCUAAAAAACACGAUUUAAAUAUCGAAUUUAGCCAGAAAGUUAUUGACUAGGUAAGAACAAUACAAAUGGCACCACGAAAACGUAGAAUAAAGGUAACAGUGCCGACUGCUUCGCCGGAGAAAGCCAAAUAUAGCAUCGUCGUCAUCCAAACUAUUCUAAAUGGCCAGGAAAGUGAAACAUCUCACGUAAAAGUGCUUAAGGAACUGAAAAAUAUUUAUCCAACGGUAACGCACGAAUCGUUUAUGAAAUCCUUCAUCCAAUCGCUGAAGGGAGCAAUGCAGCAUGAAGAGGCUAACGAAUACGCUAACAAUCGGCUAAAGCUUUGCGCAAAGUUUAUCGCCCAUCCGGACUACAGCGAGCAGGAAGAAACGCACCCGAUAAUAGUGCACUCGUUCGACUGGCUGCUGGGUACGAUCAGCCCUUCGUCAACGGUCCGUUUUCGCAUCUGUCAGUUCGUCAAUCUCGUACUGAACGCUAUGGGGCCGGAGGCCUCGCUGGACGAUGACAUUUGCGACAAAAUCCUUCGCUACAUGUUGGAACGAAUGCGCGAUGUCUCGCCGAACGUUCGGGUGCAAGCGGUCCUAGCUCUGCAGCGGUUACAGAACCCGGACAAUCCGGAUGAUUGCGUGUUUCGGACGUAUAUCUAUCACCUGGACACGGAUCCGUCGCCUAAGGUGCGGCAGUCGAUUAUUACGUCUUUGGGGAGGAACUAUCGUACCCUGCCGUACAUUCUCGAGCGGUUGUGGGACGUUGAGGAACGGGUUCGGCGGCAUACCUACCUGCAGAUGAGCAGCUAUCCGGUGAAGCAAUACAAGGUGGCACAACGGUUGACCUUCCUGGAGCAGGGCCUCAAGGAUCACUCCGAAUCCGUUCGGAAGGUGGUGAAAAACGUACUGAUCCCGCAGUGGUUCGAGUCCUAUCAGAAGAAUUAUGUGCUGUUUGUUAAGGCGCUGAAAAUCGAUGCCGAAGAGAUGGAACUGGAAAGGUUUCGCAAUACGGCGAAUUUGGCACUUUUUGAGAUAUUCUCGAAAUAUGGAAUAGCCGAUGCUACCAGUAUGUUGGGUGUUAAUGAGGAGGAUAAAACUGUUCCGCUGGAAAGUUUGACUAUCGAAACGGCGAUUUGUUGGCAGGCUUUGUUGGACUUCUUGCAGAAGACGGAAUCGGAUGAGUUGGAGAAUUUGAUGGUGGAUUUAUCUACGUUUUGCAAUUAUAUUAAAGUUUUCGCUGACAAUCCGUCGGUUUGCAACUACAUACGUAUGCUAGCGGAUGAUCCGUCCAUGAUAGCGGAAAAGCUUCAGAAGAUGUACUUUCAGACGAUGUUGCAAAUCUUGCUGGAAAUAAUUGAUUCCUAUGAUUUUGGUGACGAAUUUGGUCGCGAAACACUGAAGAAAAUACUCGCCGAUGUGCUCUGUAAUUGCGACUUGGCCGAGGAGAACGUUAAAAUUAUCCUAUCGAUUUUUGAACGUUUAAUCGUCGAUGUAGAAACGAGGUUUAAGUUUUUCGUUGAUUUGAUAAAUGGCGUUUUGGAACCGUCACGAGCCGAUGUUUCGAACUCUUCCCGUUCGAUGGUGGAAGAAUAUCUGGAGAAAAAUCCCGACAAGGGUUUGCAGAUGAAGAUUUCCAAACUGCGUUUGAAUAUAAUGGAGUUGAAGGAACAGGAAAUGGUUAAGGCCAAUGCGAAGGAUUACGCUGGUGCCCAGCGCGUUUCCGACGAAUUGAACAAAGCAAAUGAGGAGUAUGCUAGCUUACUUAAACCGAUACUGCUGGAGGUUUCCUCUUCAACCGAUGGCACUACUAUAUUUCGUGAGUCGAUGUUAAAGCCGAAGAAGAUUACCAACGCUACCAUCAACAAAUGCCUGCAAAUUUCAUUUUAUCUGGUAAACAGCAACACAGUUCGGUCGUUGACUCCAAUUGUGUGCGAUUUGUACAAAACUUUUAUUAGUCGAUACUUGGAAUCGGCUGAAAUCGCUACUCGAGACUGGGCCUUACGGAGUGCGGUGGCUUUCAGUAUGCUCUACGAUGGAUUGUCGAAAGACACAUUCCAGCUGCUGUAUCAACAAUUCUUCCGAAACCAUUGUACUCGUAUUUGGCAAACUUCGAUCGAGGGUAUUUUCGAGUUGAUGGAUCGCUACGGAAUUGAGCACUUCGAUGUGGAGUCCAAAAAGGAUGAGUCGAGAAAAAAUACGCGCCAGCUAUACAACACAAUGGACUAUCUGGAUCAGGAUGAGGAUGCGGCUAACACGUCCAACAUGGGAACAGGCGUGACCCUGAUGCGCAUGAUGACUCACUUCCUCGAAACUUGCGAAGACAACGUGAUCUGUACGGCCAUCGUCGAUGGUUUCUGCCGAUUGAUUCUGCGAGGACACUGCACUUCGCAGGAAAUUAUGUCGAAACUGUUGUUAAAGUACUUCAAUCCGACGACCGAGCCGAAAACACAGCAAAUUUUGGGCAUAUUCUUUGAGGCACUUAUCAACCGAAAGCGACAGGAAGUGUUGCAAAAAGCUCUGCUAAGUACCGUUUGUACCAUCAUGGAAGCUCCGAACGAUAGCCCCCUGCACGAGGUGAAACCGGAGCAUGUUCUGAAGUUUGUUGUCGAUUCAACCAAACCGGUCUUCUGCAGUCCCGGUUUGAAUCUGCACAACAUGAUUGCGAUGUCUUCACUGCAGGUGAUGUUGGAUAAUCUUCACUAUAAAGAUCUACUGAAAAUUCUCAGCAAAGAGCUACUUUCGUUGGAAAUCUCCGACGACCCGGUACUAAAAAAUGACCUAAUUAAUUGCCUUGACAAAGUCCUAGAGGAAGAAACUAUGGAUCCAAAGAUUGUAAAACACCUGAAGGACUUCAAGCAGCUUCUCGAAGGAACCUAUCGAGAACCGCUGUUGUUUUCGUCCUCCAGAGCUCCGCCGACCAACGAAACUAGAGAAGCUGACGAACAUUCCGACCAUGAGGAGGCACUGGAAACAAUUGAAGAGGAUGAAAAUCAUCCUCCUGCUCCAAACAGGGAGGUGCCUAUAAUCAAUAAAUCAUCCCUGCAAACAGACGACACCAAUCGAACUCUGUCCUCACCGGCUAAAUCUUUUACAUCAUCACCGGUUCCACCCUCGACGCCACCGGCUACCCCGACUACGUUCGGUGCACAAAACACUACCGGAAUGAAGUCGCUUCGAAAAUCAAUGAACUUUCUCGGUUUUCCAGAACAACAGGUUGUUCCGAAAAAUAUCUUCAAAGUUCCCGAUGCGAAUACGGCUAAAGCUUUACGUCAGGUUCAACAAAAAGCAAACAAGAAGAGAAACCAAACCCCAGCUCAGGAGGAAGAUUCCGAUGAAGAGAAGGAAGACGAGCCUGUGGCUGUGGCUUCCAACGCCGACCAAGAAUCAUUCGCAAUUCCUGCUACGCAGGACACUUCCACAUCGUCUUCAGCCGACGGUGAUACGUCCAUUUUACAUUUGGAAAUUCCCGAAACCCAACCGUCACCGACAAAGGAAGUUGUCACCAGCAGUCAGAGAGACUCUGUUAAGGUGAAAACACCUUCAAAGCGAAAAAUGUCCACCGAUAGUAGUGAAGAGGCAACUUCCACUUCGUCGGAAGAAUCGACCGAGGUGCAAGAAAAAGGCAAAAAAGGAAAUAAAACCCUUGAAGAGGACGUUGUCAACGCUUCGCCUAAUGCUACGGUAUCUCGUCUUGAUCGCAGCAUCAUCCGGCCUCUAGUGAAGGCAUCCGCUAAAUCAAUAGUGCAAUCGAAGGGUACUACUCCGCAAACUUUACCCCGAACACGCACUGCUACACGAGUCGACACCAUGCAAAAGAAGGCGACGACGCGAAAGUCCUUGGGAGUACCGGAUAAGAACUCUUCUAAACGAUCCAGUCUCACUGGGAUCACUGCUCUACCGGAAAGUCCAAAGAAAACCAGAACCAGAACCUCAACUGUAGCUGCGACUGCGACUACGUCGGACUCUAACAAAGAGGCUAAGCAUACUCAAAACAAGGAGAAAGAAGUGGUAGACAGUGAAGUGACGGCCAAACGUCCCAGUAGACGUUCUGUAGGUGUAACCAAAAAAGGUUCCCCUACAAAGGAAACUAACAAGCAAAAAGAUGAUGACAAAAAAUCGGAGUCGGAGCCGAAGCCGAAAGAAGUGAGCGAAGCUCGCAGAUCGUCAAGAAAUUCCUUAGCCUCUUCAGCUAAGAGUACUCGUGCGAAAUCCGCCGAAAAACCACCCGCCAAAACGUCAACAGAAAAACAAUCCGAUCAAGAAAUCUCAACGCGACGCAGCCUGCAGGGCACUCGCGCAGCGAGAAAAACCUUGGAAAAAACAUCGUCGUCACCCGGCAGCGGCGGCACCGGUGAAGCUCAGUCCAGCCCGAAAAAGCAAUCCUCCAGCAGCAGCGACAGUGCCAGCCAAACUAGCAGCGGCGGCGGCAGCAGUUCGUUCAAGUCGGCCCAAAGCCACCGAACACCGGUUGCGACCCGUGCCUCGAAGGGGCGUGCGUCCGCUUCCGCCGCUUCGUCAUCAUCCUCCAAGGAGCCCUCGGAAAGUACGUCCGCUUCAUCGCUCAGUAGCAGCGAGAUUUCCUCGACCAGCAGUCCACUGCGGGGUAAACGGAUAGCCUCCACGCCGCUCAGUGCGAUACGGACAGUGACGCGGUCAGCAACGACAACGGCGCCGACCAGGCCGGUACGGAAGGUGGCAAAGAAGCAGAAGUAGUAACUAGCGUUUGGAGAUUUAUCUUUUUAAAGUUUACACUUUUUUUUUAC